UCCUCACUCAGCUCCAAGAAAAGGGUCUCUGGAAAUCUGUGAUCUUGAGCAAGCUGAGUGAACCUGAGUAUGACUCAGCUGCAGCCAUGUCCUGCUACGAGCGGUGUGCCCCCAGCUCCUGCGGGCCAACCCCCCUGGCCAACAGCUGCAGCGAGCCCUGCGUCAGGCAGUGCCAGGACUCCACCGUGGUCAUCCAGCCCUCGCCCGUGGUGGUGACGCUGCCAGGACCCAUCCUCAGCUCCUUCCCCCAGAACACCACCGUGGGCUCCUCAGCCUCUGCGGCCGUUGGCAGCGCUCUCAGCGCCGAGGGGGUGCCCAUCAGCUCCGGCAGCUCCCUGGGCCUGGGCAGCUUCGGGUACCCGGGGCUGGGCAGUGGGCACAGCCGCCCUGGCCGGCGCUACGCCUCCUACCGGGGGGGCUUCUAUGGACCCUGCUGAAGCCCCAGGAGCAGCGGGAGGAGAUGGUCAGGAACGCUGAGGCAUGACCCCACGCAGGACUGAGCUCAUGGCCGUGGCUUCCAGAGGUGAUGUUAGAUACCCACAGCUCCACCUGAAGCUGGGGGGGCAGUGGGAGCUUGGCACCUCCUGGAACCAGGCCUGUGCUUGUCUUCCAUUACCCUUUACCUUGUGUUCCUGGCCAGGCUGUUUGUCCUCUUCAGUAAGGUGUGGACGGGUUAGGAAUUGCCCUGCCCGCCCGGGCCAGCACAGCCCACUCCAUUGAGAGGGAAGACCUCAGCUUGCUGAGUGUGCCACCGUGAGUGGGUGAGUGGGCACCGUCCUCAGUGGGCCGUGAAAAUGUCUCUUUACCCUUUGUGUCGCUUCCUUUCGU